AAGAGAACAGAACACCAAACUGCCGCUUCCGCACUGCUUCCUUGUUUAUUAGUUUUAGGUGAAAUAGUGCCUUCAGAAGAGUAAGAAGUGUAUUUAUUCUGUCUUUGGAAACGGCGAGUAAUUCUCCACAACCUUUCUGAAUAAACUGAAUACGUUUGAUGUCCAGGAGGGAGCCAGGAUCUGAGUUUCACGACAACCAAGUCUAGGUUCAGCUUCUGGUCUGAAUGGCCACAGCUGCAGAGGAGCCUCCAGGGCUGCCUGGCAUCUCUGGCAACCUGCAGAUUCAGUUCUGGAGGAGACUGUCUUCUCUCAGAGUUUCGGCUGCGACUCGAAAAAAUGCGCCUCCGGAGAGUCCCAUCACCACCAUGUCUCCGGCCAUGAAAAAAACCAUCGGCCAUCGAGGAAUUGACACCACGGGGGAGACAACGUAUAAGAAGACAACAUCAUCCGCCCUCCAAGGCGCUAUCCAGUUAGGCAUCACACACACGGUGGGCAGCUUAACUCAGAAACCUGAGAGAGACGUGCUGCUGCAGGACUUUGAAAGCAUCGAAAGCAUCUUCUUUCCUAGUGAGGGCAGUAACCUGACACCAGCCCACCACUAUGGAGACUUCAGGUUCAAGACGUACGCCCCAAUGGCCUUCCGCUACUUCAGGGAGAUGUUUGGCAUCCGGCCUGACGACUACAUGUACUCUCUGUGUAAUGAGUCGCUGAUAGAGCUGUCAAACUCCGGAGCCAGUGGAUCUCUCUUCUACGUCUCCAGUGAUGAUGAGUUCAUCAUCAAGACAGUGCAGCACAAAGAGGCGGAGUUUCUGCAGAAACUGCUUCCAGGAUACUUCAUGAACCUGAACCAGAACAAGCGGACCUUAUUACCAAAGUUUUACGGCCUGUACUGCGUCCAGGCAGCGGGUAAGAACAUCCGCAUUGUAGUCAUGAACAAUCUGCUGCCGAGCUCCGUACGGAUGCACCUCAAGUACGAUCUGAAGGGCUCCACCUACAAGAGACGAGCUUCAGCUAAAGAGAGGGAGAAGGCCGUGCCCACAUACAAGGACCUGGAUUUCUUGCAGAACAUGCAGGAUGGGCUGUUACUGGAGGGGGACAAGUACCAUGCUGUUUGCAAGACCCUCCAGAGAGACUGUCUGCUUUUGCAAAGUUUUAAGAUUAUGGACUACAGCCUUCUGGUGGGAGUCCACAAUGUUGAUCAGGCGUGUUUAGAGCAUGCUGGCGAAGAGGCAGUUGCCGGGGCAGCGGACCAGAGGAGGCCGCAGGGUCAGAAGUCCCUCUACAGCACUGCUAUCGAGGCCAUCCAGGCUGAUGUGGGGCGCAUGGGAUCACAGGACACAGAGGACAAAACUGGAGGAAUCCCAGCACGCAACUCAAAAGGCGAGAGGCAGCUGGUGUAUAUUGGUAUCAUUGACAUUCUGCAGUCCUAUAGAUUUGUAAAGAGGCUUGAACACUCGUGGAAAGCGCUGGUACACGAUGGGGAUACUGUAUCGGUUCACAGACCGAGUUUCUACGCAGACCGAUUUCACAAGUUCAUGUGCAAUGUCGUCUUCAGGAAGCUAUCUAUAUCGAAGACCUCGCCAUCUAAGAAGCGGCGAGCCGUGUCACAUGCUCCUCUGAGAAAGCUGGCUGGACCGGGGCCUCCUCUGUCGACUCAAGUGAGCAUCAACAGCCAGCACCCUGUUUUCCAAAGUCAAAGCAGCGAUGAGACCAAAGAAGAAACCGAAGGAGACAAAGUCCUCCAGUCAGGUCGUCCUGACCUCCUCCCAAAGACCUUACCGCCCAGCAAUGCUGUUGGCAAACCUGCUGAAACCGCCUCCUCAACGGGAGACCCUGCUCCAACAAGUCAGCCUCCGCCUUCCUCUGAGGACACAUACAUGUCGGUGGGAGUGGAUUUAAACAACACAUCGAACAAAGACCAGGAGCACAGCACCACCAAGAGAACUCAGUUUGAAGAAAUCGGUUCUGUGGAGGUCGUCUCACUUCGUGACAUUGUUCCUGCUGCAAGCAAAUGCUCUGUAAGUUAAUAAAAUCCUCUGAAUCUUGUGACACCUUUAGCUCAUUCUGGGUAUUUUUCUUUUUUAAUUGUGUUCAUUGUUUUUGGUUUACAGGUGUAGAAAAAUGAACUCAAAUGAACAGAGACAAACUUGGAAGAUGUUAUGAGCACAAAUGUUACAACCUCUCAUUUGGUGAGAUUUGAGGUAAAGUUAUAUAUCGUUUCAGUGAGACCAAGUGGGAUUUUAAAUGUUUUUUUGUUUAGUUUUUGCACUUUGAUUUCCAAAUCUCAACAUGGUGUGAGCAUGUUAGCGGGUGGUUGUGUCGGACACUAGUGAUUGCGGGUACAUUAAGGCUAUGGUGCUUAUUGAACACUAUUAUUCAUCUCAUAGGAAAGCUUUUUUAUGCACAAUCAAGGAUUAUUCUUGGCACCGAUGUGCCCAUCUCCAUUUAGAGUGUAACAAGAGGACUUUGCCUUAUUUAAGCGAUGUUAUCAAUUGAAUGGUAUUCUUUUUUUUUAUUUCUCCUUCUUUGGUGUAUAACAAACGCUGUCGCACAUCAUCAUGCAUACUUGGAUCUGUAAGUGUCUCAAGCCCAGAGUAUCAUGUAUGGCUUGAAUGCUUUAACACAAAACCAUGUCAUAUGUGUUUCAGAACACAGUUUUAAAUAAAAGUUUUAAUUUAAGGAAAUUACUGUAUUCAUAAUGGGUAUGCUGCCUUUUUUAAGUCUACUCUUAAUGCAAACCAUGCUAGAAGAAAUGACUCCUCUCAUGUUCAGGUCAAAAGGUUUAUUGAAAGCAGUGUUUAUACUUAUAAACUGUACGAUCUGAUAUCAAUUUCAGGCCUAGUGUGUAGAUGUCCAAAUGUGACGCAAGUACUGGUACUCGAAUGGCUUUAAACAAAGCACCACAACAAACCCUGAGCUUGGGUCUGUCUCAUGAAGCAAGAAUAGUGAGUUAGUCAGCUAAGUUUAGUGUGGAUAAAAGAACUCCUUACAUAUGGGCUGUGAGGGUGAAAAUUCCCUUUUCUUACAGGCCCCUUUCUUACAGGAGUUAAAAAAACAACAGCAUUUAGUUUAAAGUGUCAUGUACCAAAGUGUAUGACAUUAUUACAAAUGCAGUACAAUCAUCUUGUUUCCAUUAUAAUUUAUUACAUUUGUAUUAUAAUAUAAUACAUGUUUGCAGUACAAGGUGUCCCACUAUGUCUCUAAACAUGCAGGGCAAUGCUAACGUAGAUGUACCUGUAGUCUAUAAACUAUUGUUUCAUAGUAUUCCUAUUUGUUCAGUGUAGUAUGAACACAUUCUAACACUGCAGCCACUGCACACAAAACGGUUUGUUUCUUUUUCGAUGGUGUAUGUGUGCAUGCUUGCCAUUUUAUCUUUUUACAUUUCCUCCACGAGAAAAAAAGUUUGCCGAAUGUCAUUGGGUGGGAUGCAGUGGCCAAAAGAAAAUUAGCAAUAUGGUUUCAAAGGAGUUUUUGACUUUGUUUCUGAAUACUUCAAACUAUACACACUGGGGGUACCACAUUUUAUAAAGUAUUUUUAUUUGCAAGUUGGCACUAUUUGUGGUCCGAUGCUAUAAGUGAAAAAAGCGAAGUAUAAACUCAACAUGGAUUAUUUAAAUUUGAGUAAUCUACUUCCAACACCUCUACUACUUAUGUCAACCAUAUAUUAAGUGUAUUUUCAACUUGAUUCAUGUUUGACUGUUUUAUUAUUUUAAGCUUUUUGUAUUCCUGUUCCUGCUUUUAUAUUCCAGUGGGGCUUCUUAUGGUUAAUGGUGAUAAUAAUGACAUAAAUAUAACAUUUGUCAUCUUUUAAUAAAAUCAUUAAGAAAAAGACACAAAUUGUUAGUGUAAAGUGUGUUGAGGCUCAUAAACUAAAGAAAUAUUUUUGAGACAGGCCCCAACCAAGGCAUAGUUGUAAUUUUAUUUGUCUUAAUUUAACAUUGAAAGAUGCUUUGACCAUGCAACAAAAAUCUUUGUUUACAUCGUAUAUAUUCCUGAAUGAUAAAACGAUGCAUAACAUUAAAUUAAUUGAUAAUAUUCCCACCAACAUAAGUUUAAAAAGCAUCAUUUGGGUUCAUUUAUACAUCCUGUAAAUUAUAUUUUAUUCUGCUGGCUGUUCAAUCUGUCAGCCAAUUAUGUCCCCAUAUUUAAAGUAAAACUGUUUCUCAUUGAAUAAACACCAAAUCAGUCACACAUGCAGCCUAUGAACCUAACAUGUACAUAGUUAUAUGUAUUAUAGUAUUUAUUACUGAAUGUAUUGAUCUGGUGCCCAGAAUGUUUAUGAAUAGUGAUAAUGGAUUGAAAAUGUGCCUUUCUAUAGCACAGCAAGCCUGUAUCUAAGGCUGCUUUCUUAAAUCAUAAUGUAUUUCUUUCUGUAUACUUUGUUAGUUGGUCUUCACUUGCCUUUGAAUUAUAUACAAUAAAUGUGUGCACAUCUAUGCAGGAACCACAGCAAGGCCUUUUCACAGAUUAUGUAUUUACAAGGGAUGUACUGUUUUUCUACACUUGUACCUGAAAUUAUUAAAGAAAAAAAUUGCAAAA